AUGUUCUCUUCGUUUGUUCAAUCCUCGGGUAAUCGAAGAGCAAAAUAAUUUUUCACACUCCACAGCCUAAACCCAACCCUAAACCACAAAAACUAUAAAUAAAUAAUGGGUGGCUGUGCGAGUAGACCCAAGGAGUCAGACAUGAACAACGAAGGCUCUGUUCCUAAGCCUGUGUCUGAAAACGUAGUAGCCAAGGAGAUCAACACAGGAGAAAGCGGUGAGAAACAAAACCAAACAGAGACUACUGAAACAACUUCUGUCGAAGCUAAGGAGACAUCUGAGGUCGAACCGACCAAGGAAUCAGCUACUGCUGCUGAAGCAGAGGUUGCAGCAGCCGUGGAAGAGUCAUCUUCUGCUGGUGAGGUUGCAGCAGCAACUGAGAAAGUGGAGAACGUAGCGGCGGCAACAGAAAACGUUGAGGCGGCUGCACCUGAAAAGGUUGAGGCCGAACCAGUAAAGGAAGAGAAAGAAGCUGUCGUCAUUGUUUGAUUGGAUUAAAGCUGUGGAAAAUAUUUUGAAUGUUGUUGUAUACCACCUUGAUUUGAUUUUCUACUACCUGAUUUAAUUAACUGGCUUUGGUUGUUCUGUGUAUGUCUCAAUGGUUCUUCUUUGAUUCAAUUAAAUAUAAAUCAGUUUUGCUUCA